ACAGCGAUGCUUCCGACACGUCGUAUAACCGAAAUGGCCUGGAACUUCCAUUGGUGGCCAUUCAGGAUACAAUAACAAGGAAUCCGUAUUGUUCUUUUACAGAACAAUGGGAGGUGUAUAUAUCCCAAGUGCCCCCGAUGGCCUGAAGCUUGUGGACAGGCGUCUACCUGGAGACUCUAUUUCCUGGCGGAUUUGCUUGCUUGCUUGCCCGUGGCCCCUCGGUGGCCUCGCUUCUCUUAGUCUUUAACCGGACACGGCACUGCUAACGUCGCUCUUCAUUUCUUUCUCACUUUCUACUUGGUGAACAUCACUAUCGGCGAUCUUGAACUCAAGACGGACACUGCUGCUGUUAUUGACCUCUCUCAUUUCUCUGCUCACUGUCUUCGACGUUCUUGCCACUUCAACAUGUCCCGCCACAACCCUUUCAUCAUAACGCGUUUUGUCUUUUUCGCUAUUCUGUUCUGGAUCAACCUCCUUUCCCUCAUUUUCGCGUUCUGGAACAUCGGAAGCAUCUCAUCCCUCAACCACACGCUGCCUGGAGCAUCCGUCUUUGUCCUAGUCAAUGCCCUCAUCACGUUUCUCCUGCUUAUUGCCGCAUAUAGUCCGGUGAUAUUCUUAACGUCACCUACAGCCCUGGUGCAAGUUGAGCUUCUCUGGGCUGCCACCAUGAGUAUCAUGCAACUUGCGGCUGCUGUGGACGCCACGAUCAAUGGGCCUCCCGUCUUCUGCAGACCAGCAGCUCCUUGGGGAGUCUGCGCAUCUUCUACCAUCUUAUUGCCAACAGCGUGGACAGCAACCACCGCACAACUUGCAUACUUCCUGACGCUCCUGGCCGUCGUCGCCGUACACGUAGACCGCGUUCCCGGACUCAUGUAUACUAGCAUCUUCCACGUCCCCUGGUUCAACGCGCCAGCACCUCGUGGCACUCUCACUCCCUCCUCUCCCAAGGGCUUGGUCGCCCCUCCCCCACCCGAGGCUUACGGUUCUCCACUCAGCCUCCCGCGCGCCCGCAUUUACACGCCACGCAUGCCCACCACCACUGCCACCCAGCGCUAUGCUGGCGCCAGCCCCGAGCCCUCGCUCUACAGUAGCACCGCCCCCUCUAACUCGAAAUUGACCACCCUUGCACUUGGAAACGGCAGCCGCGUGGACAUUGAAAAGCAAGACCGCACGAACGCGCCCAUACUCUUCCACCGUUCCUCGCACUCAGAGCACGGCGAGCGGCCUCCAUGGGCUCAGGACGCGCGUACGCGGCGUGGUGUCGACCCGCCGUUCGGCGGGAUCGGCGGCGGCGCGCCCAAGGUCCCGCCGAAGAUGAAGACGCCACACGUCGCGCACGAGCCGGCGGUGCACGUGCACUCGCGCUUCAGCUUCGAAACGCGCUCGGACGAAGCAUGCCUCGUUCUCCCGGACAGGCAAGGCACACCGAGCUCCACUGCGCAGAGCGAUGACCUCGUCGUGCGCAGCAGACCCGGCAACCCGAUGGAAGAAGCCAUGAUGUCGUCGUCGUCGCUGCCACUCGCUGUCCCACGUCCACCGCACUCCCGCCAACCAUCGGAGACUAGACAUAUCAGCGAGUUUCCGGAGAAGGUGCUGGACGAGGACAAGCCCAUCCCGACGGGCGGGACGAUCAGCAACUGGGUCGGCGCCGUGGGGAGCUCGAUUGGUGCUGGUAGCAUCGUGAAGAACUCGACCUCGCCGAAGCCCCUCUCGAAGCCCGACUCUGAUAAGGGAACGAAUCUUGCGGAGUGGAAAGAAGUGCAGGCCAAAAGAGGUUGGAACGUCCACAGCCCAACAACUGUCAGCUCUUCGCAGUCGUCAGUGGUCAGUCACGUAUAG